UAGGCAAGAGAAUCUGGGGCUUGUUCUCCCUUCAUUUUGGGAUAAAUAUCUUUCACUUUAUCUAAAGACUUACUAAUAUAAAACUCAUAAUUUAUUAUUCACUUUAGAUCAAUAUUUUCUCCUCACUUUACAGACAUUUCUCAUUACUUGGCUUUCUGCUACUUUUUCUUGGCAAGACCUGUCUUCUCCCUCUAGGGAUUGUCUAGGGAAGAAAAGUGUCCAGGAGAGGUAACUUCAUUUGAAUUUGUUCCAAAUAUUCUAAGAAACUAAUUUAUAAUGAACUUGCAUUGUCUUUCAUUUAAAACAGUGAUGAUAUAAAAAGCCACACACUAUGUCUGCACAUAUAAAUGGAAUAAUUAUUUACUGAUAGAAUGACCCAAGAGAUUUCUGAAAACUCAAAUCCCUGUCCAGGCUGGAGACACUCUUUAACUGGCAUCUAAUCCUGUAGAUGUUCUCCUGUUAUAUUUUCUGUUGAUACAUAUUCUCAUUGCUUGUAGGAAUUUAUGGAAGGUCACAAUUUUCUGGAGUGAGGUUGGAGAGGUAUAGGGGCAUUCUCUUAUGAGGAAAGAAAUUGUCUUUGGAUACGCUUUUUGAACAACUGAAUUCCUGAAAAGUUCUUCUUCUAUUCGUGAGAAAGCUCUGUCAUUGUCUUUUUGGGAAGUUAAAUCACAGCCUUUGCCUUGUUAGGUAUAGAUUUAAUGACUAGGGAUAUAACUGUUACUCCAAAUUCUAGAAGUAAAGUAAUUUUUGUUUGCUUCAUGAUAGUUAAUUAAAAAGAGAAAAUUUGAAAUGACUAAAUUGAGUGAUUUUUCCUUUUUUUGGUUUGCGUCACUAAAUAACAGUCUUGGCCAGGUUGAUUUCCAUUAAUUUGCCCAGUUUUUACAGUCAUGCAAACAUAGGAUUUUCAUUGUUCUUCCAGCACAUUUUCCCAACAGGUGAGAACGUUCAACUGUUUACUAUUAUUUUUAAAUGUCUUCAUGUUUUAGGCAUUCCCAUACACUUCUACAGUUAUCUGAAAACAAAAAAAAUGAUAUGAUGGUCAACUUGUGUGGCAGUAUCAAAAGUGUAACCACUUGGAACUAUUUCUAGAUCCACUGAUCACCCACACAUUGCCAUAUUUUCUGUGAUUGCAGAUAAAUAAAUGCAUGAGGUAUCUACAAUUACUCUCAACGAAAGAAGCCCAGAUUUUCAGGACCAAGAACAAGAACCAAGAGGUGAGUUUUUGAAACUUCUGACAGAGGACACUCAUUAAAAAUUUACAUGAUAUAUUGAAAUAUACCUAAUUUCUUAAAUACAUUUCAUUAUAUUAAUUUUGAUUUUGUAAAAUUAAGCAAGAGAAACACAGAGAUAAAUUAGACCAUACACAGUCUAUUCUUCUUUAGUAUUUUAUCCUGAUAGACAUUUACUGUCCAUUUGCCAGAUAACAAAAGAAGCAUGUUAUGCAUUACAAGUAAGCCAAUAGGUUUGUCAUCUUGGUUCAUAGGAUAUGUGGUAUGUUAAUGAAGACUUAUAAUUAAUUUAUAUGUAUUUGAGCUAGAUAAAAAAACCAAACCCAUUACCAUCGAGUCGAGUAGAUUCCAACUCGUAAGGACCCUGCAAGACAGAGUAGAGUUGCCCCAUUGGGUUUCCAGGGAGCAGCUGGUGGAUUCAAACUGCUAACAUUUUGGUUAAGAGCCAUGCUCUUCACCACUGUACCACCAAGGCUCCGUAUUUAAACUAGAGGGUUUAAAACUGUGUUAAGGUGUAAAGAAAAAAUGCCUGUUACGUCUGGAAGUUUGAUACGUGCUUUUAAGUGUGAAUAUUUUAAAAUUAUGACAACUUUACAUACAUAUCUUUUUGUAUAUAUACAAAAUUAUGACAACCAUAUUUAUAUAUAUACAAAAAUAAACUAGCAAUCAGGAAGUACCUUGCCUACUGUCACUGUCACUUAGAGAGACAUAAAACUGUAAUUGUUAUGUACUGUAGAGGUUACUUUUGUUACUAUGGUAUUUUCAUUUCUCUUUGUAAAAAGCCAAGCUCUUAUAAAAAGAAGUUAAAUGAUUUUUUUUUUCUAGAAAGGUGUAAACUUAGUGGUUUAAGUUGAAAGUUUAUUAAUUCUUUUAGUUUUUAUAGUAUCAAAUCUUUGAGGAGUUAGACUAUAGUGGAUACUUUACAUACUGAUUUUCUUUCAUUUAAUUAACUUAGCUGGCCAAUAGAAUAUUUAUUUCAGUGAAAUCCAGCAUUGAUUAUUACUAAGAUUAAGCGCACUAGACCUUGCAGAAAAUAAGUAGUUAAAAAAGAUUUAGAUAUAAACUAUCUUUACCACUAUAUUCUUCAACAGCUGUGCCGUUAUUAGUCUACAGCUUCAAAAAUGAUAGAACUCUUGAAUCACUUAGACAUAUAGAGUGCUCAUUACAGCUGGUUUCUAAAAGAAAGCUCAAAAUUCUUCUGUACAUGUUCUUUUCUCUCAACCAAAUCAAAAUAAAUGAGAUCAGCUUGUCUACAUUUGAGGUUUAGUAAUUCAAUGAUUUUCUGCAACAAUAAAUAGUCCUAAAGAUUGUGUUUGAAUCUACACAUGUACUAUUCUGUCUUGGAUUUGUCUUUAACCAUAAGUGCUCAGGAAUCUGAGGAAUCAAUUUUUUUUUUCCUUUGAAAUAUCUUUUCUUUUUCUCCUUUUCCUUCCCUUUCUUUCUCUUUCCUUCUCUCCCCUCCUCUCCUCCCAUCUUCUCUCUUCUCCUCUUUUAUUUUUUCAUCUAUUCUCCCCUUUCCCCUUCUUUUGCUUUCAUUUCCUUUUCUUUUUUUACUCUUUAUUUUCUAGGAUGGGAUCUGUGUCUAUUUGUAGUGGUUUCCCAAGAAGCCUCCUGAGUAAGUUCAGGAAGCCUCAGAGGUUGGCCUUCCAGUAUUCUUUCACGAGAAGAAAUCUUUCUGAAGAUUUCGUAAGAAUGCUAUCCCCACUUAACACAUUAAUACCCCUAUUGUUGUGAAUAUUAAUUUCUUAAAUAUAAUUUCUCUGCUUCCUGAUUUGAUUCUUCUUUUCUUUCAUUUUCUACUCUUUAGGCCUCCAUCUGAUGUAUGGGUACAAGUUUUUCCUUUUUUUCUGCUUAACUGUCAUCAAUAUACAUACCAUGAUAGGUAGAUAUUAUGACACAUAUGCAACAAAAUAGAUAAUUCUUAAAAUGUAGUUUUAUUCUAUGCCCAAAAUUGUGUGUCUGUGAGUUAUAGGUAUAUAAUAUUCUUUUUAUAAGUAAUACACUUAUUACUAAUGUGACAAAGAUCCAGAUGAUUUGUUCUGAUCAAAUGUUCAUAGAGAAACAUUCAAGAGCAAUAAUAAAAAACUAUGAUUUUUUGAUUCUUCAUCAAGAUCCAGAGAGUGCUCUAGGCACUUUACAUGUAAAAACAUACACACGAAAUCUUCAGAGAUAGAUACGAUUGGUUUCCCCAUGCACAAAUUAUGAAAGUGAGGCACAAAGAGGUUUAUGAAGUUGCUCACAGUCACUGGGAUAUUAAUUGGGGAAGGGGAAAUUCCUACACAGACAGUGAUGCUCUGUAGUGCACUUUAGUCAUCACUGUGCUGUGCUCUCUCUUCAAGGAAGCCCUGGGCUGUACAAAGGCGCACACUCAGUGGGAAACCUUACCCAAUAUUUGGCCACAGUAAUGAUCCAAUUCCAACCCCGGCUAGCAUUUUUAAAGUAACAUCAAUGAGCUUGGAGAUUGUUGUUUAAUUAAAAAUAUACAAAUAGAAGUACCCAGCAGAAUAAAAUAAGUUGGGAUUUCACUGAUAGUAUGAAAGACAGUAGGUCGAAGAAGGAUUCUAAGAUCAUCUAUUUAAUCCUUUAUUUUCCAGUGAGUGAAUUGAGACAGACUUGUGACUAAAUUUAGAAAAUCACUAAAGCUCAUGCAUUCCUACACUGAGUUUGGUCUUUUCCUUUGAGUAUGUUCCUUUUUGGAAACUUGACAUUGAAGUUCCUAAUUGUGUCCACUAUCAGUGCCUAAGAAGCAUUAUACAUAAAACCCUGUUCCAUUGUCCUCUACUUCUCUUUACAGUUUCUAUUUUCUCCCCCUUUACUGCCCAGCUUACCCCCAAUUGGUUUGAAAAUACUGGCUGUUAAUGUUCUAGUUGGUAACCGUUAUGUGGCAGUUAACUUCAGUUAAAAAUGUUUGCUUAAAAUAGAGAUCAUAUUGUAAGGGCACUCACCACGAAUACUACCAAAUCAAAGUACUGACUGUAUGUCACUAGAGUAUAGAAGUGUGUUGAGUUGUGGGACAAGCAAAGAGGAAAUGGAAAGCAUUGUGGAUCCUUAAGACUAUACCCAAAUAAUUGCUACAGGGAAUAAUGUGCAAAAAAUUUUAUAGUAAUCUGAUACAUUUCGAAGUCCAGGCUCUUCAAAUUUAGUGAGAGAUUCAUAAAGACUGAACAACCUUUGAGGCAGGAAGAUCCAAACUUCUAAUAGUGGAAUAUCAUAAUAUUUCGUGAGAUAUUCCCGAAGUGGGGUUAUUUUUGGUGCUAUAUAGAUCAUACUGUAAAGGGACUCACAAUAAAGAUUAUCAACUCUAAGUACUGAUUCUAUGUCAAUUUAAUUAUCUUCACCACCAGAGAAUAAGUUUCUUGAGAGCAGACAUCCUUCCCCUCUUUGUCAUGCAGACCUCUCUAUCAAGUACUGUCAUGUUUAAAAAAAGAAAUACUAAAUGAAUGAAAGACUGUUGGGCCUCUGACUUAUUUAUAGAAGAUCCACUAAGAUUUAGAGAUAGAGUUUGUCUAUUGUAGGCCCAAUCCAGUCAUCUGAGAAGAACUAGAAUUUUUAAGGGUAUGCAUAUUUGAAUCUUUGGAAGAGAAUCUCAGUAGACAUUUGUCAAUGUUUCUUAUGUAUAAGCCACUGUAGAAGAUAAAUGGUGCAGAAGUGCUCCAUGACCUAAUGGACAUACUCAUAAUUGUCUUCAUGAUUUCAUUACAGGUUUGUUCUCCUGAGCUCGCAUCUCUGAAACAGGUCUUACAGAAGAGUAAAUGGGACACAGAAACAAUGUAACAGAAUUUGUCCUCCUGGGACUCACUCAGGAUACUGAGGGCCAAAAAGCAUUAUUUGUCAUGUUUUUGCUCAUCUACAUUGUGACGAUGGUGGGAAAUGUGCUCAUUAUCAUGAUCGUUAUUGUUAGCCCCUCCCUGGACUCCCCCAUGUACUUCUUCCUUGCCUGUCUGUCACUAAUGGAUGCUGUUUAUUCCACUGACAUUUCUCCCAAAAUGAUCGUAGACUUACUCUAUGAUAAAAAGACUAUUUCCUUCCCAGCUUGCACGGGCCAGCUCUUCAUAGGACACUUAUUUGGUGGUACUGAGGUCUUUCUUCUGGUAGCAAUGGCCUAUGACCGCUAUGUGGCCAUCUGUAAGCCACUGCAUUACUUGACCAUCAUGAAUCGACAGGUUUGCAUUCUGUUGCUGGUGGCGGCCUGCGUUGGAGGAUUUUUGCACUCUGUGGUUCAACUUCUCUUUGUGUACAGCCUCCCAUUCUGUGGCCCCAAUGUCAUUGAUCACUUCAGCUGUGACAUGUACCCGUUAUUGGAACUUGCUUGCACUGACACCUAUUUUAUAGGACUCACUGUUGUUGCCAAUGGUGGGGCCAUCUGUGUGGUAAUUUUUAUCCUUCUACUAAUCUCCUAUGGGGUCAUCCUAAGCUCCCUGAAGACUUACAGUCAGGAAGGGAGGCGCAAAGCCCUGUCUACCUGCAGCUCCCACAUCACAGUGGUUGUCCUCUUUUUUGUCCCCUGUAUUUUCUUGUAUGUUAGACCUGUUUCCAUCUUUCCCAUUGACAAAUCCAUGACUGUGCUGUAUACAGUUAUCACUCCCAUGUUGAAUCCUCUGAUAUACACCCUGAGAAAUUCUGAGAUGAAAAAUGCUAUGGAAAAAAUCUUAAGUAAAAUGUUAACUACAGGUAGAGUAAAAAUGUGUACCCACACUGAAAAUAUCAUUGCUAAUUCUAAAGCAAGAAAUAGGCAAUAAAUGAUCACAAUGAACGAUUAAGUCAAUUCAAUGGAUUCUCUAUGAAUACUUCACUUUGUUAAUGUAAAGACAUCCAAAAUGUAGAAUAAAUUACUCUUUGAGGUUAGAAUUAAACUAAUAGAGUUAUUCUGGAGGCUAGAUAAAGGGCAUAUAUAUUUUUAAUGUUAUAAAUAAAAAUAGGAGGCUGAGCCAAGAUGGCAGAAUAGACAGGCACUUCCAGCGAGCCCUUUUUACAACAAAGACCAGAAAAAGAAAGUGAAACAAGUAUAUUUGUGACA